CACACCCGCACCCCGCAUCACCCCCAACCGCACCGCCGCCAUGCCCGAGACCGAGACGUUCGGCUUCGCCGCCGACAUCAGCCAGCUGAUGGACCUGAUCAUCAACACCUUCUACUCCAACAAGGAGAUCUUCCUGCGUGAGCUCAUCUCCAACGCCUCGGACGCGCUCGACAAGGUGCGCUACGCCUCGCUCACCGACCCGAGCGUGCUCGAGACGGAGAAGGACCUCUACAUCCGCAUCACGCCCAACAAGGAGGCCGGCUACCUCGCCAUCCGCGACACGGGCAUCGGCAUGACCAAGGCCGACCUGGUCAACAACAUCGGCACCAUCGCCAAGUCCGGCACCAAGGCCUUCAUGGAGGCCCUCUCGUCGGGCGCCGACAUCUCGAUGAUCGGCCAGUUCGGCGUCGGCUUCUACUCGGCCUACCUCGCCGCCGACAACCUGCAGCUCAUCACCAAGCACAACGACGACGAGCAGUACAUCUGGGAGUCGGCCGCCGGCGGCACCUUCACCAUCACGCCCGACACGGUCAACCCGUCGCUCGGCCGCGGCACGGAGCUGCGCCUCUUCCUCAAGGAGGACCAGAUGGAGUACAUGGAGGAGAAGCGCAUCAAGGAGAUCGUCAAGAAGCACUCCGAGUUCAUCAGCUACCCGAUCCAGCUCGUCGUGUCCAAGGAGGUCGAGGAGGAGGUCGAGGCCGACGAGGAGGAGAAGGACGCCGACGACGAGAAGAAGCCCAAGAUCGAGGAGGUCGAGGACGAGGACGACAAGAAGACCAAGGCCAAGAAGACGGUCAAGACGGUCAAGACGGAGAACGAGGAGCUGAACAAGACGAAGCCGCUGUGGACGCGCGACCACCAGAGCAUCACGCCCGAGGAGUACGGCGCCUUCUACAAGUCGAUGAGCAACGACUGGGAGGACCACCUGGCCGUGAAGCACUUCUCCGUCGAGGGCCAGCUCGAGUUCAAGGCGCUGCUCUUCGUGCCGAAGCGUGCGCCGUUCGACCUCUUCGAGACGAAGAAGAAGCGCAACAACAUCAAGCUGUACGUGCGCCGCGUCUUCAUCAUGGACGACUGCGAGGACAUCAUCCCCGAGUACCUCAACUUUGUGCGCGGCGUCGUCGACUCGGAGGACCUGCCGCUCAACAUCUCGCGCGAGACGCUGCAGCAGAACAAGAUCCUCAAGGUGAUCCGCAAGAACGUCGUCAAGAAGACGCUCGAGAUGAUCAGCGAGAUUGCCGAGGACAAGGACAACUUCACCAAGUUCUACGAGGCGUUCGGCAAGAACAUCAAGCUCGGCAUCCACGAGGACGCGGCGAACCGCAGCAAGCUGGCCGAGUUCCUGCGCUUCCACUCAACGAAGAGCGGCGACGAGCUGACGAGCCUCAAGGAGUACAUCACGCGCAUGCCCGAGAUCCAGAAGAACAUCUACUACCUCACCGGCGAGUCGCUCGGCGCCGUCAAGGACUCGCCGUUCAUCGAGGUGCUGAAGCGCAAGGGCUUCGAGGUGCUGCUCAUGGUCGACCCCAUCGACGAGUACGCCGUGACGCAGCUCAAGGAGUUCGACGGCAAGAAGCUGGUGUGCGUGUCGAAGGAGGGCCUCGAGCUCGAGGAGACGGACGAGGAGAAGAGCACGCGCGAGGCCGAGGCGCAGGGCAUCGAGGAGCUGUGCGCGACGAUGAAGGAGAUCCUCGGCGACAGCGUCGAGAAGGUCGUGCCGUCGAACCGCGUCGUCGGCUCGCCGUGCGUGCUCGUCACGGGCCAGUUUGGCUGGUCGAGCAACAUGGAGCGCAUCAUGAAGGCGCAGGCGCUGCGCGACCCGUCGAUGUCGACGUACAUGGCGUCGAAGAAGACGCUCGAGAUCAACCCGAGCAACGCCAUCAUCAAGGAGCUGAAGAGCAAGGCGGCGGCGGACAAGGGCGACAGCACCGUGUCGAGCCUCGUGCACCUGCUCUACGACACGGCGCUGCUCUCGUCGGGCUUCUCGCUGCCGAACCCGGCCGACUUCAGCUCGCGCCUGUACAAGCUCAUCAGCCUCGGCCUCAGCAUCGAGGAGGAGCCUGAGGCGGCGGCGCCGGCGGCGGCCGAGGACAAGGCCGAGGAGGCGUCGGCCUCGCAGCUCGAGAGCAUCGACUAGGCGUGCCGUGUGCCGCCCCGUGUGUAUGUCUCGCGCCCCCUCACCCCCUCAGCAUGUGUGCCUUCUCUCUCUACAUCAUCUACACGCGCCGCUGUUUGUACAAAAUGAAAAGUCAUGACACCACCGGUGCGAGUGAGGUGGAUGGCAGGCAUGUGUGGGCGAGCGGAGGCGGUGCGCUCUCUGCAUGCUGGCUGCAGCUUCUCGCGCGCGCCGCACCGGCCGGCCGGCAUCGCGCGCCGGGCCGGGCGGGCGCAGCCACGGCUCGCAGCCAACGCGCCUUCCCCGCAUCGCCCAGCCUCCUUCCCCACACCCACC